CAGAAAUAGAUAAACAUAUGAUUGAUUAUGUGUGCAUCAAACAGUCAACAAUCUAUCUAUAUAUCUGGGCUAACACUCUUCAAUCCUAGGGCUCCAGAGAAAUCAAGAUCCGGGUUAACCCGAUUCAGGGAUUCAGGAAAGUAUUUGUAAUUUAGAGGCAUCAACGAUAUUCUAAGAAUAAGAUUUCAUCCCUGGCUCCUCUGUGCUUUUUCCUGUUUGAUAUAUGGCCUGAAGUGUACAUUACAUGGGAGGGGUAGAGGAUGAUCAACCACCCUUAAAACGCGUGAAAGUAGCGGCUAAACAUUUGAGAGGAUUUACAAACGGAUAUUCUACUAAGGAGUCUACGAGUUCAUUGAGUUUGAUGAUGGCUCGGCCCCUGUCAUCCCAAGGGGACGAUGAGAUUCUUGGUACGAAAGGAAUUGUCAAGAAAGUGGAGCUGGUAAGAAUUAUAACUGAGGCACUGUAUUCUCUUGGCUAUGAGCGAACGGGUGCACAUCUAGAAGAAGAGUCCGGAAUUCAUUUACAGUCAUCUGUAGUAAAAUUAUUCAUGCAGCACAUUCUUGACGGGAAUUGGGAUAAAAGUAUAAAUACAUUGCAUAAAUUUAGCCAACUAGAUGAAACUACUAUUAAGUCUGCAUCCUUUAUUAUAUUAGAGCAGAAAUUUCUUGAACUUUUGGAUGACGAAAAACUGAUGGAUGCUUUGAAAACAUUGAGGACUGAGAUUGCACCUCUUUGUAUAAACAGUAAUAGAAUCCACAACCUUUCUGCUCGCAUAGUAUCCCCUUUCCAGCGUGAUCAGACAGAAAUUGUAGCUAACACUGCCAUGAAGGCAAAAUCUCGGUCCAUGUUACUGGAGGAAUUGCAACGAAUAUUUCCACCAACGGUAAUUAUUCCAGAACGAAGAUUGGUCCAUCUUGUUGAGCAGGCUCUUGAAUUGCAACGAGAUGCUUGCAUUUUCCACAAUUCUCUAGUUGGAGACAUGUCAUUAUACACUGAUCAUCAGUGUGGACGGGAUCAAAUUCCUUCUCAUACUUUGCAGAUUCUACAAGAACACUCCGAUGAAGUUUGGUUCUUGCAAUUUUCACACAAUGGAAAAUACUUGGCUUCAGCAUCGGGUGAUCACAUAGUAAUCAUUUGGGAGGUGAAUUCGGAUGGUAGAUUUACCUUAAAGAAUAGGUUAUCUGGUCAUCAGAAAUCUAUCUUUCAUGUAUCGUGGAGUCCUGAUGACCUUCAGCUUCUCACCUGUGGUGUCCAGGAGACUGCUAGACGUUGGGAUGUUUCUUCUGGUGAAUGCCUUCAUGUUUAUGAAAAAAAUGGUGUUAGUAUAGUUUCUUGUGAAUGGGCUCCGGGUGGUAAAGAGAUAUACUUCGGUUUUACUGAUAAAAGCAUAAGCAUGUGGGAUUUGGAAGGGAAGGAGGUGGAAUGUUGGAAAGGUCAGCGAAUUGUUAGCAUCUCAGAUCUGGGAGUAACAAGUGAUGGUAAAAAGAUCAUUACAAUUUGCAAGAACUCUGUUAUACUACUAUUUGACAAAGAAUUGAAUGUCGAAAAAUUUAUUGAGGAAGAUGAGACUAUAACUUCGUUUUCAUUAUCAAGUGACAAUAAGUUCCUCCUGGUUAGUCUUGUAAACAAAGAAAUUCAUCUCUGGAAAAUUGAGGGGCACACAAAGCUUGUUGGCAAAUACAAAGGUCACAAACGUACUAGAUAUGUACUUAAAGCCUGCUUCGGUGGAUUUGAACAAUCAUUUAUUGCUUGUGGAAGUGAGGAUGCACAGGUAUAUAUAUGGCACCGGGGUUCAGGGAAGCUUAUUGAAACUUUACCUGGCCAUUCUGGAGCUGUUAACAGUGUAAGCUGGAAUCCUACGAAUCCUCACAUGUUGGCAUCAGCCAGUGACGAUGGCACAAUACGGAUUUGGGGUUUGAAUCAGGUUAAGAUGAAACCCAAAGGGUGUCAAAGCAACGGUGUUCAUUAUAUCAAUGGAGGUACUCCUGGCGAAAACAAGGGUUCUUGAGUAACUAAUGUUUUUUUAGCUGACCACCCCUUCCAUGUAAAUCCUUUGCUUUCUGUUCUAGUUGACGUUUAUCACAAAUGACAAUCAAAAAAUGUGAAUUAAAUCUGCCAAUAAAAUGUUGUAUGUGUUUCAAGUU